UCAAACUUCACACUUGAACAAAAAUACAUUGAAAAUGGCUGCAAACCGUCGCAAGCAGGACGACAAAAAUUUAGAAAUUUUACGUGAGCUAAUUUCGCAAAAUGGAAACAAAUAUUGUUUAGAUUGUAAUCAAAGAGGACCUACUUAUGUUAAUACAACGAUAGGAUCUUUCGUGUGCUCAAAAUGUUCGGGAAUGUUGCGUGGUCUCACUCCACCACAUCGCGUAAAGUCAAUUUCCAUGGCUACAUUUACUCCAGAAGAAAUAGAGUUUAUAAGAGUCAGAGGAAAUGACUACUGCAGGCGUGUUUGGCUAGGCCUGUAUGAGGGUGAAAGUGUGAACUACACCGACGAACAACGCGUCCGAGAUUUCAUGUCUGAUAAAUAUGAAAAAAAGCAAUAUUAUCUAGAAUCAGCACCUAACAAUAUACCCUCUGUAAACGGCACCUCGACACAGAAAACUAAAAAUAAACAGAAAUCGGUUGGUUCCACUAUUACUGCGCCAUUGAUCGCGAUUUCACCGAUCUCUAAAAAUUCACUUAACAACAACACAGUGAAUUUAAGUAAAGUAAUAUCCGCCACACCUGUUCAAGAAACAAAUCAUAAGAUAGCUAGGCCUGUUAAUAAUCUCGCACCCCCUUUGUUUAACGGCAUUAACACUGCACCUGUCGCCCCUAUGGCUCCUGUACCUGAUUUUCCAGUAGAUUUUUCAACUGCAAAUAUAUACAACAGUGCUCAAAACAAUAAUGCUGUCUCUAAUAGUGUUAACAACAAUACAAGUCGAUCAACAACUACAAGCACAUCAGCAUUUAAUGCUUUUAAUUCAACAAAUUCUGCUACGAAUGAUCGCUAUGCGGCUCUAGCAGACCUCGAUUUAGUAUUUAGACAACAAAAAACUAUGGAGGAAAAUGUGAUGAGUAACAAUCCGUUUCAAACAAACGACGGAUUCGCUAACAAAAAUCCUUUUUUCAAUGGAGGCUGGAGUACUGCGCCAGUUUCUGUUAAUCCAUUUAUGCCGACCACCAACGGGAGCUUUGUGAACCCGAAAAACCCAUUCCUCUGAUAGGUGUAAGUAAUAUCGCGAACAAAUUUACGUAACAAAAGCACAAAAUGCUACAAAUCUAAUUAUUUAUUAAGUGUAUACAUUUGCCAUAGUGCUUAGUAAUGGUUGUAACUUAAGUGCCUCAAUAUGCCUUAAAUCAGAUCUUUAUUCUUAUAUGUAUUACGCUUUAGUAUUCGGAAUGUUUAGAAUAUACUUUAAAAUGUUAAGAUGUCGGUCUGAGCUUUAUUAAUUGUAAUUAGUAUAGAGAAAAUUACGACCUUGGAACGAAAUUUAUUUUUUCUACUUAAUAACUAACUAACGAACAAACUACAGCAACAGUAAAACGCCAUAUAACGCGGUAGUUCCGGGCCGCGUUAGAGUAAAUCGUGUUUUAGGAGUCUUCUCGUAUAACCGUAUUUUUGAACAAUUUUUAAAAUUUUAAACAGCUGCAAAAGUACGCGAGUCUUUACUUUCGCGUACGUGGGUCUAUUCCAAAUCAUUAGAAAUGUCACUCUAAAGAAAUAUAUCUUGAAAUUUCUUCGCCUUAUAGACAGAAUAGCGCGUUAUGGGGAACGGAAGUCGCGUUAUAGGGACGAUUUCUGUUUAUGGUAAAUAGAAAAUACCGUAUUUAUUUACAAUAUAUAUUUUGAAUAUUGCUUAAUAUUGGGGUGUUAAUAAAUAAUUAUAUAUGAACUCGAAGUAACUAAGAAAUUAGAAUUUUAAUCUAAUUAAUGAAUUGUAAUAUUUUCGUAACCGUCCUUAGAUUGCAACAUACUAAAUUGCGGUCAUAUAUUUAAUAUUUAAGAAAUUGUGUAAUUAUUAAAUCUAAAUAAUUUUCAUAAAGUUACAUAUUUGACCCACUAGAAAAUCUCAGUAAAAUAUAUUUCUAAAAACAAAAAAUCGUAUACAUUUCAAAAUAAAUUAUUCUAUUAAUAUAUCGAAGAAAAAAAUAUAUUUUCAUAUUAAAGCUAUAUAGGCCUGAUUGCAAAUUGUGAAUACAGUUUCAUUCUGUAUGAAAUUAACGUAGCCAUGGCUACUACAUAAUUCACGUUUUCUAAGGUGGUAUUUGUUUUAAAUCAAUGAACUGAGAAUGAUAUAUUUCAUUCCAAGGUCGUAUUCAACUGGACUAGGUAUUUUAUUGGCAUGACAUACAGAGCUUUAUUUAAAAUUAAACACCGUAAGUAAUGAGUAAGGGAACAGCUGUAAUGUUUUAACGUCAGAAAUUAUUAUAUUUUACUAAAAAUGAACAAAUUAAUAACAUUACGUAUCAUUAAUGUAUAUUUGCUUAACUGUUAAAGGCAAGAUAGUUUAUUUGCUAAUAAUUUAUUAAUAAUUCGUUAACAACUACGUAAAAUAUUUGUAAGAAUUACAGCAGGGUUACUUUGUAAGACUGAAAAUGCUUUAGUCAAAAAGGUUGGAUUUGCAUACAUCAAUUGAUAAAAUUACAUAGUAAGCCUGCUGAUAAGUUCGAAAGGUUUUUACAAAUGUAGUAAGACGCAUGACGUCCAACUACUGUAAUUAGAAAAUUUAUGUCUGUGCAAUGAUAACCGUCCAUUUUUUUCCGCGCAAAUGUAUUUUUGAGGCAAAAAGUUCACAGAAUACAUACUAUCAACAAAGGCGAUUUCACCAAAUGAUGCUUAAAUUACUGUUGUCUUAACCAUGGAAUUGCGUGCCGCUAGGGUAACAUGAUUAAACAGUAUAUAUACGCUUAAGUAAAAUCUAUGAAAUAUAUUACAUAUUGUUACGUAUUAUUACAAGGUAGUCAAACUGGCAACGAAGUUUCUAGUAAAAAUUCCUGUCUGUACAUUUUUGAGUUUUUUAAAAUGGCUGUAAAUCGCCUUUGUUGAUGGUCCAUUUGAGUAUUAUAUGACAUUAAUUAUGCAAAUACUCAAUAGAAUUUGUAAGGCUUUACUAGUGAUUUUAAUGUACAAACCAUGAACAUGACAGAUUUCGAAAUUAGCACAAUCUAGAUUAAGAAAAUUUAUAGAAAUUGAGAGGCUAGUUCCCUACACAAGCCAAUUAAAUAAAUGUUUAAUUAGGUUUUUAUGUGUGGGAAUAUUUUAUAUUUUUGAAGUUUGUAUAUUAUGAUUGAGCAUUUCCAUUAAUUUCCUCUCAAAUUCUUAUCUGUGAUUGUAACCAGUCUAUUUGUAUUGCAAUUAAUUUUUGAAUAUUUUAUCAAUGCACUUGACUAUUUAUUUAGUAUUAAUUAUUUACUCUGAGCACUGAGAUCUGUUAAUUUGUAUAGAAGAUGUAAAAAUAAAUCAAUUAAGGUUAUUA